AUGACUCUGAAUGUAUGUUGUGCUAAAACGGAUAAUGCUUACAAGAUCCCUAACCUCCGAAUCCGCGGACGUGCCUGCAAGACUAAUUUGCUCAACACAGCGUUCCGAGGAUUUGGCUUUCCACUCGGGUUUGUUACAGAAUCCUGGAUAACGACAGUGGCAACCCAAACUGGCUUGCCACAAGAGAAGAUCAGGGAGAUAAACAUGUACAAAGAAGUUAAUCUAACUCCCUUCAAAGAAGAGCUCGAUGCAACAAACCUGGUGAAAUGCUGGAAAGAAUGUAUGGAGAAGUCUGAAUACUACAGCAGGAAAACAGCUGUAGAAGAAUUUAACAAGCAAAAUUACUGGAAGAAGAAAGGGAUUGCCAUUAUUCCUAUGAAGUUUUCAGUUGGAUUUAAUGCUACACAGUACCAUCAGGCUGCAGCUCUGGUCCAUAUCUAUACAGAUGGGUCUGUGCUGGUGACUCAUGGUGGAAUUGAACUGGGACAAGGAAUUCACACCAAGAUGUUGCAGAUUGCCAGCCGUGAACUGAAGGUACCACUGUCAUAUGUACACUUUUGUGAAACAAGCACGAUAACUGUGCCUAAUGCAAUAGUCACAGCAGGAUCGAUUGGCUCAGACGUCAAUGGAAAAGCAGUCCAGAAUGCUUGUCAGAUUCUUCGGAAACGCCUGGAGCCCAUCAUUAAUAAAAACCCUGAAGGGAAAUGGGAGGACUGGAUUACUGAAGCUUAUGAUCAAAGUGUGAGUCUUUCAGCUACUGGCUACUUCAGAGGCUAUAUGGUAAAUAUGAACUGGGACACUGGGGAAGGCCAGGCUUUCCCAUAUUUUGUUUUCGGAGCUGCUUGUUCUGAAGUGGAGAUUGACUGUCUGACAGGAGAUCACAAGAACAUCAGAACAGACAUUGUCAUGGAUGCUUGUUUCAGCAUAAAUCCAGCUGUAGAUAUAGGACAGAUUGAAGGUGCCUUUGUUCAAGGAGUUGGACUUUAUACAAUGGAAGAAAUAAAGUUCUCCCCAGAAGGAGAGCAGUACACUCUGGGUCCAGAUACGUAUAAAAUCCCUGCUGUCUGUGACAUACCUGAACAGUUCAGGGUUUACUUGCUGCCAAACUCCCGAAACCCAAUUGCCAUCUACUCCGCCAAGGGAAUAGGCGAGGCAGGGCUGUUCCUGGGAUGUUCUGUGUUCUUUGCUAUCUGGGAUGCAGUGGCUGCUGUGCGGAAGGAAAGAGGAUUAACUGGGACCUUCACCCUGAACAGCCCUCUGACGAUUGAGCGGAUUCGAAUGGCCUGUGCCGAUAACUUUACUGAGAUGAUUCCCAAAGAUAAGCCUGGAACCUAUAAACCUUGGGCCAUUGACAUAGCCUAAUACUGUAUCUUCCAAAGUAUGAAAUAAUUAUGUGACAGUUUCCAUCACUGUUGGUUUAAAGCACUCCAAAUGUAGUAAUAAAAUAUUUGAUUUA